GGUGAAUUUUUAAAAUAUUUUUAUUUUUGUAUGGUAUUCUCACUUUCAGUACAGUCUGCAUUGAAAAAUUGAAUUUGCAUUCGGGAAAGCUAGUUGAUUACAAUUGAACCUUGAUAGGCAGCUUUCUCAAAUAUAUCAGCUCUAACGUCCAAACUUCCUUUAGGUUGUCGUCGGCGGCUGUGGUGCUUCUGCUCUGCCCGGGGAGUGGUUGCUUGAAUUUAUUUCACGAUGCUGAUUUACAAAGAUAUCAUCUCUGGUGAUGAAAUGUUCAUGGACACCUACAAAUUUGAGCUGGUUCAUGGAGCCGUCUACCGGGUAGAAGGAAGGUACAUCACCCGCAGCAAGGUGGGCGAGCUAGUGCUGGACGGCGCCAACCCGUCGGCAGAGGAGGCCGAGGAGGCCGCCGACGACGACAACGAGUCCGGCGUCGACGUCGUGCUCAACAUGCGCCUCACCGAGACCGGCUUCUCCGACAAGAAGAACUACGUCAGCUAUCUGAAGGAGUACAUGGGCACCAUCGCCAAGAAGCUGGCUGAGUCCAACCCCGACCAGGUGGAUGCCUUCAAGCAGGGCGCCAAUGCCUUCGUCAAGGAGAAGCUGACCAAGUUCAAGGACAUGCAGUUCUUCCAGGGCGAGAGCAUGAACCCCGAGGGCAUGACGGCCAUCAUGCUGUACGAGGAGGACAACGGAACCGAGAAGCCCUUCAUCUACUUCUUCAAGCACGGACUAGAGGAGGAGAAGGUCUAGAUGCUUUUCAAUGCCAGCUGCUGUGCCCCUCUCAGCCGGGCCGGGCGUGGCCGCGCGGCGCGGCGCUCCCCCGCUGCCGCGGCCGCCGGUCCCGGCCGCUCGCCGCCGCCGCCGCCGUCUCUGCUGCUGUCGUCCGUCCGACAGACAGUCAGUGACGCGCCGGGGUCCGAGCCCCGGUCCGAAAUCGACAACCUCCGCGCCGACAGUGAACGACUAUCCCACUCGAUUGCCGACGGCGCUGGCCGGACAGAUUUUAUUAUUUAUACAAAAUAAAAUAAAAGAUCCGGGGAAACACACUUUUUUUCGAUCGAAUGGUGAACUAACGCAGCCAGUAUUGGCAAUCUUAAAGCUUUCGCACAACAGGGAAAAAAUGAACUUUGGUAUCUAACUUGUGCUGAGCAGGGAACGCAUUCCAAGUGAAUAGUCGAAUGCGCAGUGAACCGCGGCGGAGUGCUCAUUGCGGGGUGUUGAAGUUAACUCAUUGCGGGGUGUUGAAGUUAACUAAGCAAGAUAAUGAGAUCUAUACGCCAUUUGGGAAGUGUUGUGCUUUUUCGCGUUUAGAUGCUGAAAUAUAUGAUGGCUCUUAUUUUA